UGCACCUCUUUGCGCGGCAGGAAGAAGCUUUCCACUGCCCCAUCCCGGUGCUGCUGUAACCUGCACACGCUGUUGGGGGUGGGGCUCAGUGGGAGGAGGUUUGUACGGUGCUGAGCCCCGCUGCGAAGAAGACAGCACAGCCUGGUGUCACCUGCAGCCCCCUCACCUCCGACAUCAGCUGACGGCUCUCUUUACAGCUGCCCCACCUCUCCACCGCUGCUCACCGCUCUGCAGUCCUCGGACCCACGGGAGGCGCCUUUAUGUGUUAACGGUUUUGAAAUACUGGUUCAAGCACCAUGGGGAACAAUGCUGGGAAAAAAGACCACAGCAAUGACGAUCCCACAAAGAAUGGCAGAAAUAAUGUGGAGGAAGAGAAGAUUGUGAUUCAGUCAGGGGAAACCGUCCAGGAAUCUGAGGAUAAUGACGUCUUUGCAGAUGUGAACCAGAACAAUGGGACCUCCUCUAAGAGCACGGCGGUGACUGACUCCACAAGCACAGAAGACCCCAAGAAUGACUGGACGGAUGCCAACCCAUCUGACUCUGCCUCUCGCCCACAUCUGGUCCGCCUUUUUUCCCGAGAUGCACCAGGAAGAGAGGACAACACCUUCAAAGAUCGGCCCUCUGAGUCAGAUGAGCUUCAAACCAUCCCAGAGGACAGUGCACCAACUUCAGAAGACUCGGAUUUGAUGGCAUCACAGAAACAUUCUCGUGGGCACGGAUCAAAGCAAAUGGCAACUGCAAGCACCUCCGAUCACUCUAGGCAUGGGUAUGGAGCCCAUGGAAGGCACAGGGACUCGGGUCUGCUUGACUCACUGGGCAGGUUCUUUGGAGGGGAGAGAGCUGUUCCUAGAAAGGGAUCAGGAAAGGAGGUCCAUAUGUCCAGAUCAGGCUACCUAAGUUCUUCUCCUCAGAGGUCUCAUUACUAUGCUCAUGGGAGGCACGUCGAUGAAAACCCUGUUGUUCACUUCUUUAGGAACAUAGUGUCACCCAGGACACCACCUCCAUCUCAACCAAAGAGAGGAUUAUCCCUCGCCAGAUUUAGCUGGGGAGCGGAUGGCCACAGGCCAUGCUAUGGAGGAUAUGGUUCCCGGUCCUUGGAGCACCACAAAUCAUCCUACAAGGGAUAUAAGGAUUCACACAGAGAAGGCCAAGGAGCUCUGUCGAAGAUCUUCAAACUGGGAGGACAGCGCAGCCGAUCUUCUUCUCCUAUGGCCAGGCGUUGAGUUUGCCAAGAUGCCUCACCAUGUCAUGUCCUCUGCUUGAUAGCCUGAAGUGCCAUUACAAAUAAAACUACUACUUUAUAAUAUAAUGAACUGAGAUAUAUAUAUAUAUAUAUACACAAUCUUUUACUUAAUGUCUGCGAAUUGUGCGUGCAGUUAGCUUAUACCAAAAUUGUGUUGGCGGUGCCAAAUUAAAGGUUGACUAAAGGCAAAGAGGAAUAAAUGGAGGUGGAACCUGCUGUCUCUAUUAAUUGUAUUAAUCAGACAUGAAAAUGACCUACCCUCCCUAAACUUUAGUAGAUUAGCACGACAAGGACUUGCAAUGCAUUGCUCAGCAUGAGAGUAACAUGUAGCUCCAUCUAGCCCUCAGGAACUCAUUUUGGAAUCUUUUAUCUGCAGUGCUGCAAGUUCUUGUUUCUUGACACUUUUGGUUUAUAUAUUGCGCUUUUUUAAAAAAAAAAAAAUUAUGUUUUUAUAACAUCCACUCUCUCUCACACGCAUGUUUUUCUUUCAUAUUAGUUAGCGACAGCUGUAGCAGAGGGCUACUGACAUAGGGCGACUUUUAGGCAUGUGAAAAUGGGCUCAAGGUAAAUAUCAUUCUAGCACACGGCUGUUAAACAGGCAGCAAACCAGAUGGAAGGCUCUGUCCUAACCAAACUAUGGGGGAGAGAAAAGUGAGAGAGAUUGGGUAUUUGAGGAGGUGAGGAACCUGAUAUAUAGGUGCAUAAGGUACUCAACACACAAAGAACUAACUGCAGAUCUCAGGUUGGACACCUGCCACAACUCAGAUGAGAACUGUCGCAGUUUUCUCCCUACACUGAUUAUUUGGCGCUAAACAGCAGCAAGUGAGUCUAGUAACUCAAGUAGAGACUCAUAGCACUGGUGCCUCACACACAUAUAGAAGGGUCAACUAACUAUAUAUAUAUAUAGGCAAGUUACUAAUUUAAUAGAAAAAGUAGCUGUAGUCGUAACCAAUUGGGAGCCAGAGGGGGGUCUUUCUUGGCUACCAACAUUUUUAAGGGCUCUGGAAAUUACAGAUGCACCAAAUAGCUCUGAAUUGCACUGUUUUUAACUGUAUAUGAAUUAAUCCCCUGUACAUUCCAAUGAUCAUUAUUGAAUCUAAUGUGUUUUUUUUUAAUUAUUUCUACAUAUUUUUACAACCUUUUGUUGGUUACGUAAAGCAUUUCCCUUAUAAAUGUUACAGUAGUUAAGAUUAAACGCUAGAUUAAUAAGGAACGGGUAACGUGUAUUUUUAAAUUAAAAUCCGUGGCUACUAAUACAUUCCACUAUAUGAAUUGAAACUGAGGUUUGUGGCCGGCUUCACUGACAGGAUUUAGAUGCAGCAACACUACAACAUGUUUGUGCUUUAUAUAUUUUCCUGGUUGAUCAAGCAGAAUAGUCAACAGUUUCCAUGUUGGUGUCAUUGUUGAAAUAAAAUAAUCAUUUAAACUGAA